AUGAAGCAGGGACAUACCGUCAAGGAAACUGGCGACAAUGCCAUCGCGCCGGCACCUUCCCAUGUGGCUUAUGAGCACCAGGAGGGAGACAAGUCGGCCAACGGAUAUGCUGAUGCUCAAGCGAUCUAUGUUGACGACAAGACAAGCAAGGAGCUUUUCUGGACAGUCAACAGACGAAUCCUGGCUUGUAUGCUGGGCACAUACUUUUGCCAGUCCCUCGACAAAGGCACCCUUGGCUUUGCCUCCAUCAUGAACAUCAAGCAAGAUGCCAACCUCGUGGGCCAACAAUUCAGCUGGCUCGGAACCAUUCUGUAUAUGGGUGUUCUCGUCGGAGAGUACCCGACCAAUUUGCUUCUGCAGAAACUCCCCGUCGCAAAAUAUCUCGCCGCCAAUGUUUUCUGCUGGGGCAUUGUGAUUGCAUGCUCAGCUGCCGCCAAGAACUUCACAGCCUUGAUGAUUGUCAGAUUUCUGCUCGGAGUAUUUGAGUCUUGUGUUCAACCGGCCUUCAUCAUCAUGACUUCCAUGUGGUACACAAAAAGAGAACAGUCAAUUCUGACCUCCCUGUGGUACUGUAUGAGCGGAGUCCAACUAAUGAUCGGUGGCAUCAUCGCCUGGGGAGCCUCUCACUACAAUGGUCACGAGAUCAAGUCAUGGCAGCUGUUGUUCCUCGUCCUUGGCGUGGCGACCUGCGCCUGGGGCCUCUUCAUCGGCUGGUGGCUGCCCGACUCGCCCAUGGCGGCCAAGUGCUUCAACGAGGACCAGAAGCGCCUCAUGGUUGAGCGUGUGCGGGCCAACGAGACGGGCAUCCAGAACAAGACGUACAAGCGUUACCAGAUGAUCGAGACCGUCACCGACCCCGUCGUGUGGUGCUACGUCAUGCUUCAGAUCACUUCCACCCUCAUCAUCGGCGGCCUCGGCGUCUUCUCCAACCUCAUCAUCUCCUCGUUCGGAUUCACGUACCUGCAGACGCAGCUGUUGAACAUUGCACAGGGUGCCGUCACCAUCAUUGUCAUGGUUGGCAGCGCGACCUUGGCUACUUGGUCGAGGCAGACUGCCUGGGUCAUGCAUGGAUGCACAAUUCCCGCCAUCAUCGGCACAGCCAUCAUCUACAGCAUCCCACCCAGCACCAGCAAUCGCAUCGGUCUUCUCAUCGCCUUCUACUGCACCCAAUUCUACCUGGCCGAGGGCAACCUAAUCUUCUCCCUCAUCUCGCGCAACGUAGCGGGCCAGACCAAGAAGUCGACGACGCUGGCCAUGACCUUCAUCGGCUGGGCCGCGGGUAACAUGACAGCGCCCCAGAUCUUCCAGGCCGCCGACGCCCCCCGCUACCGCAAGGGCUUCACGGCUCACUUCUGCCUCUACGUUCUCUUCAACCUCUUCCUCGUCCUCCUGCGCUUCCUCCUCGUCCGUCGCAAUAUGGCCAAGCGAAAGGCCGCUGCUGCCGCGGACCCGGCGAACAUGGCGGCCGAGGAGGUUGAACAGGACGUCGGCAAGGCCGGGGCUGUCGGGGCAAAUGACGAGAAGAUUGAGCACUCGAAUGCGUUCGCUGAUAUGACGGAUAAGGAGAACCCUGACUUCAGAUAUGACUUCUGA